AUGCCCCGAGCAACGGAAAAGUCGAAUGCCCGUCGCUCACGGUCCUUCGGCGGCUGUGGCACAUGUCGUCGUCGCCAUGUGAAAUGCGACCAGGUCCGACCAGUAUGUCUGACCUGCAAAGCAAUCGGUGCCACUUGCGAAGGCUUCACUGCUGAGAUUAGAUGGAUGAGCUCGUCCAAGGAUGGCAACGAGAAGCGCAAAGAGCCAGCGACGCCAGCGACUGGCGUGAGUCGCCGUCACUUGUACUCCGAAAGUGACCGGGAGAAGAUGAGCACAAAGCUUGCAGCAUCAUUCCCGAUCGGAACAAUUGACUCGUCUUUGAAUGAGAUUGACAACAAGUCGAAGGAAUCUUGCAUGGCCGACAAGGACAUCUCUGUCGGGCCAUUCGGUGUUCUCAACUUGAAUCGACCUGCAGUCGAGCCCGUUGCUGAGAGUGAGACGGCAGAUGAUCCCAUGAUCUCCAUCGAUCAACCACCCGCUCAAGAACCCAUCCUGGACAAUGUCACUCCAAUCACAAUGGACUCUUGGAUGGGUUUGGACGAUACCUUGCAGUGGGCUGAUCUCUUUGGCUUUGGUACCGACAGCAUCUUUCCGCCGUCCGACAGUAUAUUUGAUCCAUUACUGGAUUUGAGUGGGAACGACAACCUGUUCAUCGAUCCACAGGCUCUAUCGGACCAUGACCAGGGAACGUCACAUACGUACAACGCGUUGGCAGGGGCGGGAAGCAGGCUAGCAUCUGUCGAUCAAUCAACACUGACAGCCCAAGAUGUGCUCAAAGAAGCUCAAAUGCUUCUGCGUCAUUUCAAGGACACGGUCGUGAAUCGACUCGUGAGUCUGCCAGUGACUUCCAAAUCGCCGUGGGAGAUCAUCAUAAUCCAGGAAGCUAUCAAUACUCUUGGCCACUUGACGUACCUGGAAUCUACCGCCGUGACUUGUGCGAAGAAAGCGACAUUGUUUGGGAUACUGGCGAUCUCAGCGUAUCAUGUAUCCAAGAAUCCACCACCGAAUAGGUCUACGACCACCUCCUUCGACUUCCAGCAAAUCGUGAACACAGCAUCGUCGGAGGCAAAGCACAACUUGCAGCAGUCUUUGAAGAAUGAGUUGCACGGUUCAUCAAAGGCGAAGUAUAAAGAUCAACUGAUGGCAAUCGAAUGUUUACUGGCAUUGGCAGUUAUCAUGGGCUAUCAAAAAGAUGCUCGAUGCUAUCUCAUAGAUGCAGAGCGUCUGAUGAGACACCGCGGUCUAGCCAAACGAGAAGUCUCGCGAAAGUCAAGGCUCUUGCAUCAUAUGUACACCUGGAGUCGAAUCCUUGGAGAGAGUACUUAUGUUCUCCACGAGUAUAGCAGUGCAACUGGCACAGUGCCGAGCUCUCAUCCGGGCGGUACGUUGACCGCAGUGCAGCCUCAUGUCGUGCAUGCUUCAGGUCCUGGGAGUCGCCUUGACGACUUCUUACGACUGGAGCCACAUCAUGCAGACAGUGAGCUUGACAUUGAAGAGGUCAAGGAGCCGCAGACAUCUUUGCGCGAUAUCCACCUGGAAGACUCUCGAGACAACCCAAACACGAUGUAUACGGAGAUAUACGGCAUCAACGAGACUUGGCUUAGUCUCCUCUCGCAAACGACCCGGCUAGCAAACAGGCUGGAUGGUAUGAAGGCUACCAACUCCACUGAAGUCACCAUGUCAGACCUCUUAUCCAGGAGGGCAUCACGACUAGAAGACAUGAUCUGCUCCUUUGCAGCCGACUUCUCGCCCAGAUACAUUACACCAAAGUUUGAACCAAACAACCACAUGCAUACGGCGCUGAAUUCAGCCUUGGUGAUAUUCUUCUACAGGCGCAUCAAGAACGUCAACUCCUGGAUCUUGCAAAGCCACGUAGAUGACGUAAUAUCUGCUCUGGAAAGCUUUGACAAGGCCAUCAAGGACAAGCCAGGACAGGGCCCUGGGACGCCAUGGCCAGCCUUUAUUGCCGCAGCCGAAGCAAGUACACAAAACAGAAGAGAGCGGCUUUUCGCCUGGAUCGAAAAUGGCGAGGCAGCUACUGGCUUCCAUUGCUACACUAGCUCGAAGGAACUACUACUGGAGACUUGGAAGAGACGAGACGAGAAUGCGACUGGACAAACGCCAGGUCUUCGGAAGUCGGCAAGACGCUCAGGGGCAUCACAAUCGACGGCUAGCUGGCUCGAUAUCUGUCGAGAGCAGAAACGAUGGCUGAUGGCUUUCUGA